AUGGCUUCUGUAACUUCUAAAACACCUUGCGUUACAUGUGGUAAAGGUGCUGGUCUAUUUAAAUGUGAAGGAUGUACACAAAUAUAUUGUACAAAACAUGUUACCGAACAUCGACAAACCCUACAUCAUCAACUCGAUGAAAUCAUUGUCGAACAUGAUAGUCUUCAAGAAAAAAUCAUUGAAAAUAAAGAUCAAAGUAAUCCUUUAACAAAAUAUAUUGAUGAAUGGGAACAAAGAUCGAUUAUGAAAAUUCAACAAAUGGCUAAAGAGACUCGUCAAGAAAUUGUCCAACUUUCAAAUAUACAUAAGAGAACAAUAUCAAAAGAACUAAAUCUUCUUACAGAACGAAUAAAAAAUGCACGUGAAGAAGAUGAUUUUUUUGAAACAGAUCUUAUCAAUUGGAUAUCAACUUUGAGCCGACUGAAAGACGAACUGAUGAACUUUCCAUCAUUGAACAGUAUUAAAGAAGAUCAAUUAGUACCGUUAAUAUAUCAGCUUAAACUGGUUACACGAUCUUCUGAAUUUGAUGAUAUUAGUAUGCAUCAAUAUCUUCAGAUUGAGCCACAGAUGACAGCAUCGGGAGAUAUCUUUGAACGUUGUCUGAAUGGUGCUAAUAUUGAAGAUAGCGGUCGACUUGUCGAACAUAGUGCUUGGGAUUGUUCUGUCGAAGUUCGUGGAAAAUUUGGUUACUCAUACGGUACACAUAGAUUUCGUUUUCUAAUUGAGAAAAAUCCAAGAGGAACAUGGAUUUUCUUUGGUAUUAUCUCUAAAUCACAGCCAAUGACAGAGUGCUCAUAUAAAUCUUCUUCUGCAUAUGGAUGGGCAGAUUACAAUGACUAUUUUCUUGGUGGUAUUCGUCAAAACGAUCAAAAUGCUGGCCAAUUUUCUAAUACAGUUGAAAACGAUGUAAUCAUACUUAUAGUCGAUUGUACUAAUCGAACGAUUGAUUAUAUUAAUGAGCAAAACCUGAAAAGUCAACAAUUAGAUAUUGAUAUUAAUAAAUGUCCAUUUCCAUGGCAACUUCAUGUCAAUCUUUAUGGAGGAGGUGAUCGAGUGCGUCUACUUAGUGCCACAAGUGAUAUUUCACUGUUUUCAUAG